AUGAGUACGACGUACAACCUCGAGCCAAACCCGACCGCCAAAGUCGUCCUGCACACCACCACCGGCGACCUCGAAAUCGAGCUCUUCGCCAAGCAGACGCCCAUCACCUCGCGCAACUUCCUGCAGCUGUGCCUCGAUGGCUACUACGACAACACCGUCUUCCACCGCCUGGUCAAGGGCUUCAUCAUCCAGGGCGGCGACCCCACGGGCACCGGCCAGGGCGGAGAGAGCAGCUACGAUGGCGAGCCCUUUGCGGACGAGUUCCACAGCCGGCUGAAGUACACGAGGCGAGGCCUGCUGGGCAUGGCCAACACGGGAAAGAAGGACGACAACGGCAGCCAGUUUUUCUUCACCCUGGCGGCGACACCAGAGCUGCAGGAGAAGAACACCAUGUUCGGCCGGGUGGCAGGCGACACCAUCUACAACCUAAUGAAGAUGGCCGAGGCCGAGAUACGGGACGGAAGCGACGAUCAGCCCAUGUAUCCCACCAAAGUCACAGGCGCCGAGAUCAUCAUCAACCCAUUCGAGGACAUGGUCAAGAGGGUGCAGGUGGCUGCGCGCACAGAGCCCGAGACGAAGAAGGCCAAGAAGCACAAGAGGAAGGCCGGCAAGAACGUGCUCAGCUUUGGCGAUGAUGCAGCCGAGGCUGACUCUGCGCCCAUUGCGAAGAAGCCCAAGUUCAACACCAAGCUGGUCAGUGCAGGCGAGGAAAAGCCCGUGUCGAAAGCACCCGAGGAGACGAGAGAGAUACCCAUACGCAAGCCAUCCCGAAAAUCGCCGCCGAGGUCUCCGUCACCCAAACCCGCUCCAAAAGCCGCGCUCCGGUCGCCACCCAAGCCUAAAGCCAAAACUCCACCACGCGAGCUUUCGCCUGAAUCUGAGAAACGAUCGAAACUAGACCGUGUCAACCAGCAGAUCGCCGACCUCAAGGCAUCCAUGAAGCGAAACACCUCCGCCCAAGAUACAGGGCCGGCCAAAAAGAAGUCGCUAUUAGAGGCCAUGGUGCCAACAUCCACAACACGAGGAAGGAAGCGAGGGGCUGGUGGCAACGCAAAGGACGAACAAUCUGCACUGGACAUCCUCUCCCGAUUCAAGUCGAAACUAGAAUCAGCCGACUCCACCGCAGCCCCCAAGACCGUCACACCAACACUACCCGAGGAAGCAACGAAUGGCAACUCCAAUGGAGAUGCGAAUGGAGCCAAUGAUGAAGAUGAGGCUGCAUGUGACUUGCAUUUCAUAGUGGGCUGCCAGUCUUGCAAAGCCUGGGACAAGCAGGAUGAAGAGGAGUCAGAUGACGACGCGGGAUGGAUGUCACAUUCGUUGAGUUUCGCAAAAGACAGAUUAGGGAAGGAUCUCGAGUGGAAGCGGAAGAACGAAGAGGAGCUGUUGGUCAUUGACCCAAGAGAGGAGGCGAAACGGCAUAAAGCUGAAGGUCUUUCCCAAUGUGCUCGAACUGACGUUGCUGUCGCCAAAAUGCCGGUCAAUUGGAAUGACAAAGACGUUCUCGAGCGCCUCUUCAUCGCGGCUCUCGCCUCUCUCGACAACAAGAUCAACAUCAACGAAGUUGCUCGCAUCUAUGGCGAGGAUAUGACCUAUCACGCCCUCGAAAAUCGGAUGCGUAGAUACAAGAAGGAAGCUACAACGCUCAAAGAUGAAGCAGCGGACCGUGAGGGCGCCGUGAAGAGUCCGAUGAAGACACGCACCAAGAAGAGCGACGCUGGUUCUCCCAAGGGCGCUGUCAAGACUGGGCGAAUCACCAAGAAGGCGACCACUACUACAAAGAUCAAGUCUGAGCCGCUUGUUGACGAAGAGCUGCUUCACGGUAUGGGCGAGGAGGCGGUAGGAGACGAUGAGGCGGUCGACGAAACCGAUGAAUUUGUUUGAGGCUAAGCGGCGCUAAAUGCCCCAUCGCCUAUGGAACAUGUCUGUUUCUAGAAGUUUUGGCGCUUUGCAGGCUUCCAUAAGUUGGAGCUUCGAUGUCGAUGCGCAAGCCGCAGAGGCAAUGGGCUCCCAAAAUUGCUGAAGUUCAUCCAUCGAGCACGGGUAAACAUCGACAGCGCAUGAAGUGUUUCUGUAUCUGCAUCUUCAGAACUUUGGAUGAAUAUGGGUAAAGAAUCUUCAGAAAAUUCACCACGGAUUUUCAUAUC